GGCUUGACUUUGUCCUUCAGGGUUUUCCCCUGUUCUGCCUGGUGGCAUUGUUAGCUCCUCAUACAGCAGACCCUGUCCUUCUCCGUAGUUUAACAACCUGUGUUUUCCUCAUGGUGAGGUGUACUGUGUAUUCCGCCACACGUCUGGCAAUGGAUCUGAAGCUCCGCAGGUUUAUUUAAAAUCACUGUUGCUAUUCACAUCAUCAUCAUCAUCAUCAUCACCUCCACCGCCGCCAUCAGAGCCAGCGGGAACCGAGAGAGAAGAAGAUGGGGUGCUGCUCGGCGCGACGCAUGCUGAUCCUGCUGUGCUGUUUUCAGCUGAUAACUGCUGUGGAGAGGCAGGUGUUUGACUUCCUCAGCUACCAGUGGGCUCCCAUUAUGAUCAACUUCUUUCACAUCAUUGUGGUCAUCCUGGGCCUGUUUGGUGCCAUCCAGUACAGACCACACUAUGUCUUAAUGUACCUGCUGUGGACCUUGUUGUGGCUUGGCUGGAAUGUAUUUGUGAGUUGCCUGUACUUGGAUGUGGGAGGGCUUUCCAAGGACAGCAACAUUCUGUCCCUUGGGGUGUCCUCACAUCGCUCCUGGUGGAAGGACAAUGGGCCUGGGUGUGAGAGUGAGGGCGACCCCUCCGCUGGGUGGCAGAACCAGCAAAACCCUCAGCUGACCACAGUGAUCAGCUGCUGGCUGGAAUACCAGUACAUAGAAGUCCUGCAUUGUGUUGUCCAGCUCCUCAUAUCACUCCUGGGAUUUGUGUAUGCCUGCUAUGUCAUCAGUGCUUUGUCAGAUGAUGAGGACAGCUGUAAGUAGCUCCUGACCCAUGAGAUCCGUGCACAAGAUCCCCAAGUAUUAUAAAUAACCACAAAAAGAAAGAGGUCAAGAAAAGCUAAGAAGAAAUGGGCAGAAGAUAAAACACACCUGAAGACCGUGAUCCUAUCGAUGGGCUGGCUGUAAAUAAAACAUCUGUCACAGGUGCUGAACACGCUGUCCAAGGUCAAGAAGACAUCUUCCAAUAAAUCACUGUAAAACAUGCACAGGCCCAUUUAUAAUGUGUUUUGUUUCUCAGUUGUCAUGUGCUGUAAAUAUAAAUGAAAGUGUGUGUGUGCACAAAUAUGUUAAAGAGGUAGAAAUCACUGGACAUUUAGUGCUCACAUACAGCUAUUUUAAAGAAAGGUGUGAUUUAAAAAUUGUCUAUAAAUAUCUGUUUCUUUCUGAUGAUUUGUAAAAUGUAUAAUUUAUUAAUAUGCGUCACUUAAGUUAGGAAAUGUGGUCCUCCCAACUUGUGUAGUGUAGGAUAUAAUUCACAGAAAUAAACCACAUCUACAGUA